CAGGGUUGCAUCCAGAGUCACACUGUAGCGAAGAGGGAAACCCUGAGAGCUCCCGUUCCACCUUCAAGUGAACUUUUCACUUCAACAGAACUCAAGUCGCCCGUUGGAUCUUCCUUCCAAAAUACUUAACACAGAGAAAUAUCAAGAAAAACAAUCAUGUCAGAACACAGCAGGAAUUCAGAUCAAGAGGAACUGUUUGAUGAGGAGAUUGAUGAAGAUGAAAUCUUGGCCAACUUGUCCCCUGAAGAGCUAAAGAAACUGCAGUCGGAAAUGGAAGUCAUGGCCCCUGACCCCAGGCUUCCUGUGGGAAUGAUUCAGAAGGAUCAGACCGACAAGCCACCCACGGGAAACUUUGACCAUAAAUCUCUUAUGGAUUAUAUGUAUUGGCAAAAGGCAUCGAGACGCAUGCUGGAAGACGAACGUGUCCCUGUCACCUUUGUGCCAUCCCAGGUGGGCACUCAAGAGCAACAUGAAGAAAGAGGCACAGGUAAUAGACACGUGUCCCACUAUUUAAAAGAAAAGCUCAACAAUGAAAUCACAGCCAAUAAAAGAGAAUCGAAAGGCAGCGACGACGUCCAAGAACCAGAUGAGGAGGAUGGAGAUGAAGAUGAUGAAGAUGAUGAAGAUGAUGAGGAGGAUGAGGAGGAUGAGGAUGAUGAGGAUGAAGAUGAUGAGGAUGGAGAUGGCAGGGAAGAUAAAAAGCCACAAAGAGGAGAGGAAGGUGAGGGAAAGGAGCAAAUCAGAAACGGCGAGAGCAGCCCCCCACAAGUAGCUAAGAAAGCAUUCGAAGAACAGAAAGAUAGGCCAGAGGUCCAAGAAAAGAGCGAGAAGAAAGUAUCAAAAUUAGAUCCUAAGAAGUUAGCUCUAGACACCAGUUUUUUAAAGGUAAGUGCAAGGCCUUCAGGAAACCAGACGGACCUGGAUGGGAGCUUGCGGAGAGUUAGACAGAAUGAUCCCGAUAUGAAGGAGCUCAAUUUGAACAACAUUGAAAACAUCCCCAAGGAAAUGUUACUGGACUUUGUCAACGCAAUGAAGAAAAACAAACACGUCAAAACCUUCAGUUUAGCAAACGUGGGCGCCGAUGAGAACAUCGCGUUUGCCUUGGCUAACAUGUUGCGGGAAAAUAGGAGCAUCACCACUCUCAACAUCGAGUCCAACUUCAUCACAGGUAAAGGAAUUGUGGCCAUCAUGAGGUGUCUCCAGUUCAACGAGACGCUCACUGAACUUCGGUUUCACAAUCAAAGGCACAUGCUGGGCCACCAUGCCGAAAUGGAAAUAUCCAGACUGUUGAAGGCCAACACCACCCUCCUGAAGAUGGGCUACCAUUUUGAGCUCCCGGGCCCCAGAAUGGUGGUAACCAACCUGCUCACCAGGAAUCAGGAUAAACAAAGGCAGAAAAGACAAGAGGAACAAAGACAACAGCAACUGAAAGAGCAGAGGAAGUUGAUAGCCAUGCUGGAGAACGGGUUGGGGCUACCUCCUGGAAUGUGGGAGAAGUUGGGAGGACCCAUGCCGGAUGCCAGGAUGCAGGAGUUCCUCCAACCUCCUCCUCAGCCUCCCAACCCCCAGGCAGUCCCCUUCAGUCGGCAGAACGAAAUGAUGAAGAAGCCAUCACAGCCUCCGAAGUACAGGACAGACCCCGACUCCUUCCGGGUGGUGAAGCUGAAGAGAAUCCAGCGCAAAUCUCGGAUGCCAGAGGCCAGAGAACCCCCCGAGAAAACCAACCUCAAAGACGUCAUCAGAACACUGAAGCCAGUGCCGAGAAAUAGGCCGCCCCCGUUGGUGGAAAUCACUCCCAGAGACCAGCUCUUGAAUGACAUUCGUCACAGCAAUGUCGCCUACCUUAAACCCGUGCAACUGCCAAAAGAGCUGGCAUAAGUGGCAACAGAAUCAUCUGGAAGAGCAAGGAUCUGAGAUAAUGACUCUUGUAUCAGAGCUCGGAGACUCUUUGAGCAGCAUACUUCUGGAGCCAGGUGGUGGAAGCGGGAACGGGCUGACAUGUGAUAGGAGCAUUUUGUAAAGGCAGAGGCAAAAUAGGGGCUGAAAAGGGAGGAGGAGAUAAGAAAAUUACUAUUCUGGGACACCAUUCUCUAUGUCCAAUCAGUUUGCGUGACUGAGAUAAAAAUGCAGUCACGCUUCCAGCAACAGAAGUUUCAAAGAGAUUUUUGUUUUCGUAAACGUUUGUUUUGCUUUCUUCUGGAAAA